GUUGCCAAUUGAGAAAAUUGAGAUAUUUAAAUGUGUAUUUUCAAAGUUAGAGUGCUUAGUUAUCAAUUGAGAAAGUUAAGGUGUCUAUCCAUAUAUUAUAGCGGCGAAUUACCUUCCAACUGUUAAAUUUCCACCGGAAAAUGUCUCUAAUUCAUCCAAAACCACCGUGUUACCGCCAUUCGCCGCCCUAUCGCCACCGCAAACUCACCGUCCCCUGCCACGUCACCAAACCAAUAAAAUCAUCAUCCACACGCGCCACCUUAACAAUAAAAUUAUCAUCCACUUUAUCCACACGCGCCGACUUAACUUUAUCCACACGCGCCGCCGCCACGAACUCCGGCAACAAAUUGGUAUCUCCGUUGACCUCUUUGACUCCACUUAAACCAUAUCUCCUCUCAGAAUGGCAACCAAUUCUAUACGGAUGGCUAUGCAGUGCAAUAUCAGUUUACUCUCUUUCCAAAAUUGUUCCCAAAUUGGGAAAGUUCUCGUCUCUAAUGAAUCCUUUGGAUAUUGUGAAGCUCAGACAAGAGUGUUUGGUUUUAGGAGGUUUGUUUUUCGUUCGACUCGUUGGGAAUUAUCUGCAGCAAGUGUUUCUAUGGGAAGCUGCGUUGAAUUGUGUCUACAAGAUGAGGGUUCGUGUUUUCCGUAAGGUUCUGCAGAGAGAUUUAGGGUAUUUUGAGGGAGAAAGUGGGAUAGCUGCUGGAGAUGUUGCGUAUAGGAUUACUGCUGAAGCUUCUGAUGUUGCUGAUACUGUUUAUUCUAUCUUGAAUACGAUUGUACCAAGUAGUCUUCAAUUAUCAGCAAUGGCAAUUCAGAUGUUGGUCAUCAACCCUGUUCUAUCAUUACUUUCCGCCUUGGUGAUUCCAUUGAUGGGUUUUGUGAUUGGUUACUUGGGCGAAAAACUUCGUGAUGUAUCGAACAAGGCACAUCUUGCUGUCGCUUCUCUCUCUUCCUAUCUGAACGAGAUCCUCCCGUCAAUUCUUUUUGUGAAGGCAAACAAUGCCGAGUCCUGUGAAGGCAAGAAGUUCCAGUCACUUGCUUUUGCUGACCUAUCUGCGACAAUGGGAAAGAAGAAGUUGAAGGCUUUUAUUCCUCAGUUGAUUCAGGCAUUAUAUUUUGGUGUCUUAUUCACAUUUAGCGCUGGCACGCUGCUAUUUUCAAAAGGUUCAUUUGAUGGCUCUGCCAUGGUUUCUUUUGUAACGUCCCUGGUUCUGUUGAUCUCCCCAGUCCAGCUAGACUUCUCUCAUGCUGCUUCAUGUUGUUAUAAUGGCUCAGCAUGUGGAGCAGUCUUAGCUUUCAAUCUGAAUCUAAGAGUUGCGCAGGAUGUGGGAAAAGCAUACAACGAACUAAAACAAGGAGAGCCAGCAAUUCAGCGCUUAUUUAAUUUGACAAGGUUUGAACCUGAGGAAAUUGUGAACCCAGAUGCUGUUGACUUAGAUUGUGUUGCUGGAGAAGUAAAAUUCUCUAAUGUCUCUUUUAGAUAUGGAGACAAUGGACCUCUUGUAUUGAAAAACAUGGACAUGCAUAUUAAAUCGGGAGAAAUAGUUGCCCUGUGUGGACCAUCAGGAGGAGGGAAAACGACUCUUGUAAAACUCCUCCUUCGCUUAUAUGAUCCUUUACAAGGCUCCAUUCUGAUUGAUGGUUUGGAUAUUAGAGGCAUACGAAUCGAGAGUUUGAGGAGAAAUAUUGGUCUGGUCUCUCAAGAUACAAAUCACCUGGCAGUACUGGGAUAAGCAGAUGAUUGAUAUCCUCGUUGUGGAUGGCAAGAAUUGGAGACUCGAAUUUGUUGUUAGAGACAAUAGAGGUUCGAUGAUCAGGUUGUUGCUAAAACUGAGGUUUUUACACUGCAAGGAUCUAGCCAAAGGAAAGGAAUUUUAGACAAGUCGUCUAAAGAUUCUCCGAAGAAACAGUUCUCCGUGGCUUGUUGAACCGAAGUUGAAUUAUAUACUGGAAACUUUUCAAAUGAGGGGAUUGUUUCCUCUUCUUAGCUUUGGUCCUUGAUUUUGCUCUAAUAUUGUUUCCAUGUUUUCUUCUUUGUAUCCAGAAACAUUAAGAAAAUUUUCCGCAUUAAGUUUAGAAAAUUUUAUUAGCAAAGGUACUACGGUGUUAGAAGAGUCGUUCUGAUUGAUAUGCAGCCAAAGGCAGUUCCAGAUCUUAUACUCCCCCCCCCCUCCUCCUUUUUUUUCUUUUUUCGUUUUUCGGUUCUUGCCUUCUGUGUGUUUCAGUGUGAUUGAAGGAUCAGCUACUUAUUAGCCAACUAGGCAUAGCUCGAGAAGCUGGCUUACAAAGUGCUUUCAGGUUUCUAAGGCAUUCACAAUGUUUCUUUGGAACUAAUCGGCAUUGCCUAGGAUUACCUAUGUUUCCUAUGAUUUCAAACUUUUACAUUUCAGUUUAAAAUACCCGGCCCUGAUGGUGCGUCGAUAUUGCUUUAUCUAGAAGUUAGUUAAAACAUUUAAUUCGUUAAAAGUAGACUCUAUAGAAAAGAGCUUGCAUCUUGUUGAACCAACUGCCUGCUUUUCACACUUUUGGGCUGAUACUCUGCAUAAUCUAGAGCUAACGCCUAUUGUAAACAAUACCUUUAAUUCCAUGCUACCAAGGUCAGCUAAAGUGGAAAAGAGGACUGCACGGCUGAAUUGUUUUCUACUUUUUUCUUAAUUU